CCGCGACCAUGCAGCGGGUGGCGGGUACCCUUUGCUACCCCCUGCGCGCGAGGGGAAGCGAGUCGUGAAAAUCGUUCGGGCGGAACAGACCGACGGACGGAACUGCCUGCGGUGGCUGUCAUAUGGAGCCGAGCGACGGGGCGGCACGUUAGGGCGAUCGGUCGGUCCCGCUGCCGCGGGACGAGCGCGCGGGGGCCUACCACGAGGAAAAGCGUGAAUGAUCGAUCCGACAGUUCGGUGAGUGAAGCGAGCGUGUGAGCGGAGCGGAAGUAUCGCGCGGAAGAGCGCCCGCGAGGAAGGAAGGAAGGAAGGAAGGAUAAGUGUGCCCGGCGGCGUUUCGGCUUCCGAGUACGUGCGUACUCGCCGGUGCAAGGGACCCGGAAAUGGGUCAACCCAACCCAACGACGGCCGUUUUCUCGCACGAGUCACUCGGUGGCCUAGUUUCGCCGGGGGCGAGCAAAUAAAAAGAGUCGCGACGCCUCCCCCUCUCGUUCUUCAUCCGCCACCACCGUCGCCGCCGCCGUCGUGAGACGGCGGCGACGUUACAUGCGUCUCGUCCCUCGUUGCCCGUCGACGACGCCGCCGUUGAUCGCGAAGAGAAUCGGUCUUCCAUCUCGGCCGCGGGGGAACGAGUUAUGGACUGCCUCGGACUCGGACUUCCUGCUGGCCUUCGGCUAGUUCGGCUGGCGAGAGUCCAUCGAUUGACUCGCCGCCGCUCCGACGUCGCGAUACGGCAUUAGACGCGGGGCUGAUAGCCGUGCCGCUGGUGCGGGGGGUGAAGGGCUUGCCGGAGGAUCCGAAAGGAGGAAGCCGCUACCACGGACACCCUGAAAAUGGCGUCCAGCAAACCGCCGGAGAUGAACUACACGUGCGAGAUAUGCGGCCUGGAGGGCUUCAACGACGAGGAGAUGCGCUCGCACAUGGUGCAGUACCAUCUCCAGGGCGCCGCCAACUGCCCGUUCUGCGAUCUGGGCGAGAUCUCGCCCACGGAGAUGCUGGUCCACGUCAACAGCGCUCACUUGGAUUACCUGACUCCGAGCACCCCGGAGAAUGAUUUGAUGGCGUUUAUCGACGACGACUCGCUGAUGGACGAGCACAACAGACGGGACGAGUGCCGGGCACUCUCGCCGUCCAUGUCUCUGCGACCACCUCAUCUGCAGAAUGGCUGGGGCUGCAGCUCUCUGGGGCAGCGGGUCAAGCAGCAGCAGCAGCAACAGCAGCAGCAGCAGCAGCAGCAGUUGUCGUCGAGGAAGCCGGAUGUCCAAGUGGCGAAUCCCAACGUGAAUAACAAUAACAACAAUAACAACAGUAACAAUGCCAAUGCGGUACUGGAAGGUGCGGCGGGUCAAGGUUCACCGCUGCGUUCAGGCCUAAAUCUGCAACUGCGCUCGCACGCUUCCCCGAAACUUCCAGUGCAGGAGUGCCCGAUGUGCCCGUACAGUUCCGACAGUCCGCUGAGGCUGGAAGAGCAUAUCAAUCGCCAACACUUUGAUCUCACCUCACCGUCCUUCCCGCCGGACUCGCCGCCGUCGCGGGACGGAGUCUUCAACUGCCCCCUUUGCGUUACGUCGUUUCCGAAUUCUUCUGAUCUUGAGUUACAUGUCAAUAUCGAGCACAAAGAUAUACUUAGCCCCGCAAACGGAACCAGCUCGCAAUCCGAUACGGCUACCGUCGGUAGCGACUCUACGCCUGCCUGUCCGGUAUGUCUUAGUACAUUAUUUAAAAAUAAUGACGACCUAAUGGCACACAUCGAAGAUCACUUCAGCAAGAAGAGCACGCCGUCGCCAGUGACGCCGGACGUGUCAACCGAUCGUCUCCUAGCGAAGGAUAUGGAGAGGAGAGAAAAGGAAGUGAGAAAACUGCGCGAACAGCGCGAAUUCGAGAUGCUGAGAGCGCAGUACGGUAUGGAUAAUCAGGGUAACUUUAGAGAACAGAGUGUCACCAAUAUGCAGCGGGCUGUGUAUGCGGGCGAGAUGACGGUGGCCGAUUUUUUCGAGAGACAAAUCGAGCUAAGAGUCGCCGAGAGUAGCGGUAUCGACGACGGCAGUUCUUGUACACGCGGUAAGUACGAUUUACAAUGUCUUGUGUGCAAAAAGAGUCCAGUUCUACCCGAGAAUCUUCACAACAUUAUUUAUUCUCUUGCAGGGCUGGUCCCGAAAGUACGAGCCAUUAGUCAGGCUUGCAGUAACGUAGUGAAUACCUGGAUGUGUUCCACUGUGGACCAUUACGCAUCGACCUACGGCGAUAAGGGCUGGGGCUGCGGUUACAGAAACAUGCAGAUGCUAAUCUCAUCUCUCUUGCAGCACACAGGCUACAACGAUCUAGUUUACAAAGCGUGGAGCUCAGGGGCCGGUGGGAACAGCUCAACGGAGAAUCCCCUGCGCAGCUCUAUGCCAUCGAUCUCAAGAUUGCAGAAGAUGAUCGAAUGGGCAUGGGCGCAGGGCUUUGAUAUUCAGGGCGCGGAGCAGCUCGGCGGUAAACUCGUUAACACUAGGAAGUGGAUCGGCGCCACGGAGGUAUUCACGCUGCUGUCUAGUUUGAGGAUAAAGUGUCAGCUGGUGGACUUUCAUAGACCUACCAGCGCGGAUGGCGGCCAUCCCGAGUUGUUCAACUGGGUCCUGCAAUACUUUCAACGAUGUGAAGAAUUCAAGCCACCUCUUUAUCUUCAACAUCAAGGGCAUAGCAGAACGAUCAUGGGUGUGGAACAGCUAAGGGACGGCUCCAUAACCAUGCUGGUGCUGGAUCCGAGUCAUAGUCCGGCGCAAAUGACGCAUUUCAAUAGCACGAGUAGCGCGCCCGGCGCGAUGAGACUCGUGCGGAAGUCCACCGCGGCAAUGAAGGCCAGACAGUAUCAAGUUGUGGCUGUAACCGGUACCAUGGAUACAGAAGCGCAGUACCAGCAAAGUAAAGUAUUACGAUCAAUGCGAGUUCCUCAAGACAGGUGAGAGUUGCUGGUCCGAGAAAUAAUCAAGCCUCGGGCAAAGACUAUAGACUACUGCCUCAAACCAAUCUUAUCCGACAUCCUUGAAGUUACGUGACCGUGAUGUCCUAUGUUCUUCUAUCGCUAGCAGACUUACUCCAUUGUAGCAUAUUAUACAUAGUUGCAGAUCAUAUUAUUUAACAAUAUAUUCUUGCAUCUCUCUAGCCGUUAACGAUGGACUGACUUCUUGAAUCGUUGUGCCCGCGCGAAGCCUGUGACGCGGUGGACAAUUUUGCGGAGCUAAUAUUUAAAUAUCAAAAGAUGGCUCUUCGUCGCGUCGCGAUUGUCGUUUUAAACACGUACGUAAUUUUUUCCCGAACGGAGAAAGUUCUUAAUCUUAAAUUUGUCGUACUACGUGCGCGUAAAUUUCCGCGAAGAAAAUUAUCAGAUCGAAACAGGGACGAAAGGCCCCCGUGGGAAGAUAGCGUUAAAUCGACCGUCAUUUCUUGUCCAAAAUGUUCUGCUCAAUUUUCGUCGCACCGAACAGGCUGUGCUAAUCCUUAGUCGACCAAUCGUCUUGUACCGAUCGGUUGCACCAUUGAAAAAGCCGUGGCAGAGCUUGGAAAACGAGACUUUCGUAGCUGUGAUGCUGUUAUCAAUACGACGCUAAUCACUCACAUACGUCUAACUAACACACUCUUGGAAACGCUCCAGAAUCAACACGGUGUUCCCAGCACUUGUCUCGUUCUACAAUCCUACAAUCUGUGACAAAGAUUUCCAUCAAAGCGUUGUCGACUUUUAGUCAAUAUAAAAAGUGCCGAGAGCCGUACGGUGUAUACCUUACGACAAAUUUUAUAUAACAAUACGAAAGAUAUUCUUUGACGCAUUUUGAUUGCUAAAACGCUUCUAUGAAAGAAUCUGGAGUGUCUGCAAAAGUGACAAAAAAAAUCGCAUUUUCAUAUAUUAUAUAUAUUAUAUACUAUAUAUACAUACACACAUACACACAUAUAUAUUACACAUCUGCACACUCCGUUAUAUCGAAUUUCACUUGCCCACACAUAAAGUACAACUACUUUCAUAUUAAUUAAAAAUAUUCUAUUUAAUUAUCCAAACGACUUUAGGCUACUUAUGUCAUAGCUCGUAAGUCCAACGCAAUGCUGUGAACGAGAAGAUAGAUGAAAAAAAAGUCCAUUUACUUGUUAUUUAUAUUAUACACUCGACGAUUAUGUGAGUUAGUAAAAAUUCUUAUUAUUACUCUCUUAUCAUAUUUCAUAAAUUGUACUGAUAUAUUUAAGAUCUAUUUAUUAUAGUUAAAAAAAAUAUAUUUGCGAUCAUUCUACGAGGACGCGAUGCCUCGCGAGGACGUCGCGCCGUUGUUUUAUAGCUUCGGUAUUUAUGGUGCACCAGUCAAAUGUAAGUUUGUCUUUCAGCCCAGUGUAGGACCACGUUGCAAUAACAUUAUUUACAUUAUUGACUGGCUGUAAAAACUGUCAAAAAAAAAAAAACCGAUAAAUUACAACUAUAGUACUGAAGAUUUCGCCAUAUAUCGAUUUAAGAAUCUGUUCAUUAUUUGGAGUGUUCAGGGAAACCAAGCUGUGGAAUUGUUAUGCAAGAGUAAAACCUUUGCAUUAGCCACACAUCAAAUUAAAAUAUAUGCUUUGUUAGAA